ACUACAACAGUAAAAAUAAAGCGGCACAAAUCAGGAAAUAGUAACGUUUUCCAUAUGCACGUGUGUUUACGGAGGACCGUAAUAAUGGAUGUACCGUUCAGUGCGGCGGGUCGACCGCAUAAUCGAUCGAUCGACGCAAUCUGUUAUCUGUAGUUCGCCUGUGUAGCAUUGUGCUAGCUAGUGCGUUACGUCUAAACACGCUUUUGCAUCUAGUUUUUCGGGGGUUUUUUGCAGUGUAAAGUCUGUUUUUAAAAUGUUGAGUUCUACAUGGAAUUUCAUCAAACGCCAUAAGAGGAAAUUCAUCUUCGCUGGGGUUUUUGUUGGAGGUGUCUAUCUGCUUGGUAAGUAUGCACAAAGAAAAAUUCAGGAGAUGCAGGAGCGAGAGGCAGCCGAAUACAUCACUCAAGCUCGGAGACAGUUUCAUUUUGAAAGCAACCAGAGGACAUGUAACAUGACAGUGUUAUCCAUGCUCCCCACUCUCCGAGAGGCAAUCAUACAUCACCUGAACUCAGAGAGCCUCACCGCUUUGCUGAAGACUAAGCCAGCUAAUAAACUUGAAAUCUGGGAGGAUCUAAAGAUUAUUAGUUUUACCCGCAGCGUUGUGGCGGUUUACAGCACUUGCAUGCUAGUGGUGCUUCUCAGAGUUCAGCUCAACAUAAUUGGUGGCUACUUGUACCUGGACAACUCUGUGACAAAGAAUGGGACGACCCCCUUGGCCCCUCCUGAUGUCCAACAACAAUAUCUGUCAAGUAUCCAACACCUUCUUGGAGAAGGGCUCAUUGAACUGAUAACCGUGGUGAAGAAAGCUGUUCAGGAAGUUCUUGGACCGGUGUCUCUGAAGCAGAGUUUGUCCCUACAAGAGUUGGAACAACAGUUAACUCAGAUCAGACAGUUAGUGGAGGAGGGCUGUGCUUCCUCUAAACACAAAAGGCUUUCUUGGUACAUGAUGCCUGAUGAAGAGAACACACUAGCCUCACAGGCUUGUGGUCUCACAGAGAAUGAUGUCACAACAAUAAAGCUGCUAAAUGAAACCAGAGAUAUGCUUGAAAGUCCAGACUUCACUACUGUACUCUGUACUUGCUUAAGCCGAGGCUUUAUCCGAUUCCUAGACAACAUGUCAGAGUUUUUCCGACCCCCGCAGGGAGACUCCAACCCCUCCAGCCCACCUGACCAAUUAACAUAUGUAAGCCUCCCAUUAGCCAAAAUCAUUCCCAUCAUCAACGGACAGAUACAUUCAAUAUGCAGCGAAAUACCCAGUCACUUUGUCCAGGAUCUCUUAUUGAUAGACCAGGUGAAAGAGUUUGCCGCCAACGUGUACGAAACGUUCAGCACACCUCAGGAACUUCAGAAGUGAGCACAGGACUGCGCUAGAUGUGAACUUGUGAAAGCCGAACUCCUCACAAAUCUACUUUAUAGAAACUCUCAUGCUGUACAGCACAGAAUUGUUCUCCUAGCACACCCUAAAAUCAACCUGGGGGAAACUGUUCCGAGAGCCGAGUGUGUAAUGGAGUUCAGAUCCUCUGUCUGUAUGUUGUGACCCCCUAACCUUGUCCCAGUCAGGCAUGCCAAGGUUUUUACACGUUAUUAUAAACUGUAGUACAUUUUAUUUAUUUUUUUAAUCCCUGUAGCAUAACAAUCUCAUUAUAUAACUGCCAUGACAUGGCUAGCAUAAAAGAUCAUAUAUAUGAAUGAUUCACAUCUGCAGUAUGGACUUAAAAGAGUGAAUUGCAGAAAGGAUAUCUCUGAAUCUGAUGUUGCAGCUGCUGGACAUUCUCCAGGACCAAAACAGUCGUGCUCACCUCUGCAACAGUAACAAUGCAUGAUGUCUGCACUGCUACUGGUAUAAAAAUAAAAAAUAAAUGCAUAUUUAGGAGUAUUUUCAUUUAUAUUUACUUGGUUCUACUAAUUAAUGAGAGUAGUUGGACUGACGUUUAUGUUUUGCAUAAAGGUUGUAGUAUGCUACUUCUUUUGUAAAAUGACCCAUGAAUGUUAAUAAAUAAUGUCAGUAAUAUACUGUU